UAAGUCAGUACUACUAGCAUCUGAAUCUAUGUCAGCCUCUUCUAUGUGAAUGUCUUCAAUUUGCCUGUUGUCAAGUUUUUCAUUUGACGCCAGUUGAUUGUAGUUUUUGCGUUGUGGCCGGGCUUCUGGAACAAAAUAAAUCUAUUUUUACUGACGAUAAGAAUAUAAACAUGGACAGCAACAAUCCGAAAAUAGCAGUGAUAGGGGCCGGCGUGAUCGGUAUGACGGUGGGCGCGAUGUUGCAGCAAGAGUUGAGAAAUACUAAUAUUACUGUUAUAGCCGAAGGAUUUAAAGAAGACACAGUCAGCUGUGUUGCAGCGGGUAUCUUCAGACCUGGCACGAGUUUCAAGGGACCCACGAAAGAAGUUACUAAAAAAUGGAUAAACGAGUCCUGGUACUAUUGGCAAGACAUUUUAAAAACACCUGAAGCACCUCUAGCUGGUAUCAUGCCUGUAUCUAGUUAUAUAUUUUCAAAAGAAAAUUAUUUCAUUACCCGAAACCAUUUGAUAGAAGACUUGGUGCCUAUUUACAGACCCGUAGAAAAAGAUGAGCUCAAAUUAUGCGGCGAAGGAUGGAAAUACGGGUCAUAUUUCUCAACGAUAAAAAUUGGUUGCGAUAGAUAUUUGCCGUGGGUUGAGAAAUCGUUUAUUGAAAAGGGUGGAAAAAUCGAAAAUGGAAGAAUCGAUUCGUUCGCGUCACUACGUUCUAAAUAUGAUUUAGUGUUCAAUUGCACUGGUUUGGGCGCAAAGGUGUUAUGCAAUGACCACGACUUAGUUUCUGUGCGUGGACAAAUUGCAAAAGCUAAGGCGCCGUGGUUGAAAAUGGCAUUCUAUGGGGACUAUGAUACUUAUAUAAUCCCUGGUAUAGAUGGCGUUGCAACGUUGGGAGGUGUUCGGCAAUACGACAGCUAUAACAAAGAGGUUUGCAAAUACGAUGCGGCAGCCAUUUUGGAACGCUGUUACGACUUUAUACCCUCAUUGAGGAAGGCGGAAAUCGUCGCGCAUAGAGUAGGUUUACGACCGCAUAGAAUGCCCGUGAGGGUGGAACCGGAAGUGGUCGACGGCGUCAAGGUGGUACACUGCUACGGACAUGGCGGUUACGGAGUUAUGUGCGCUCCUGGAACCGCGAGAGACGCAAUCAAGAUGGGUGUUGAUAUAUUAAGGAGUAAUGCCAGAAGUAAAAUUUAAUAAUUACCUAUUGUUUGACAGAAUAGAUUUAUUUUAUAUAAUCUUAUUGUUAAAAAUGAUUUAUCGUUAUACAUGUUAACAAUUUCUUCUA